AUGUCUCCUCCCACCUCACACCCUCUUCAUGGGCGCCGCCAUCUUACCCGCUCACAUGACCCCAGCACUUCAGAGGACACCUUUGAUUGGGUCUUCCCUGCCGGCCCAGCAUGGCGGCUUCCAAUUGGCCGCCAGCCGGCUGGCUGGCGGAGGGGACGAGGCCCGGCCUGGUGCUCGUUGCUAGGGGCGGCGGAUGGGGGCGGCUCCUCCAUGGGGCCGCGGCUGAGCGGGGACCCUGCAGCGGCGGCCGGGACGCGGGGACACCCCGUACCGGAGCGAGGAGCCUUCGAUGGGGGGAGGCCGAGUCCUCGGGGUAACCCGCUGACCCCCUGCCCUCACCCGGGCCCCGGCACCGCGCUGCCUGCGGCCCCUUCCCCUCUCCCGCUUGCCCCCCUCUCCCCUGUUCAGCUCCUUUGUGCUCCCCGUCCCCAUUUAAACCCCUCUCUCCCCGCUUGCGUCUCGCUUCGCCCCACCGCCAUCCCCUCCCUCAUCCUCUCAGCUCCUGCCUGUGCGAUUGUCCAUUGCCUUCAACCUGGCCGGGCUCUUCCAGUUCAUCCGCACCCCAGCGACCGAGCCAGCCUUGUCCCGCUUCAGACAGUCCCCUUUCGGACUGGGAGAAAGCGAGGGGGGAGGGAGAGUCCCCGCUUGGAGGGAACAGAUCCCGAUUGUGAACGUUAAAGAGCAAAACAGAGCCGCCCCCUUCACAAACACAGUUCCCAGCUCCUAAAGAAGACGAUGCAAAGCAAAGCCCUGUCAUGUGCAUCGCAGCUCCUCAGGCGGGGACGGGAAGCGUUUGGAGCUUGUCCACCUUUUUCAUGCUUAACGAGCUAGAUGAGGAAAAUCUAUCCCGUUUGUGUUUCUCUUUUUGUUUCCUUCCAGAAAAAGGGGGAGAGAGAGAAAGAGGCUCGUAUUGAAGCCAACCAGCUGCGCUUCUGAGUGGGAAACUCUGGACUGCUCUCAUGGCUCACUUUUUAUUUCCUUAACACAUCAUUAUCUCUGAAAAUGAACCUUUUUGUGAAGCUUUUCUCCUAACUCUCCUUCUUCCUCUCUUCACGAGGUGGCUGCUGUGCAAGGGAAGAAAUGGCAUGAAGUAACUGACUCCGGUAGAAAGCAAUCUGCUUUGCCGAAGUGCCCAGUGAGCAGCACUGUCACUUUACUAAUUCCAGGUCAAGGGAUUGCUUUCCUCGUUUUUUCAAUCCUCUCUUUUAAUACAUGGGAGGAUCAGAGGGACAUUAAAGACCGUAAGGCUGGGUGGCUUGCAGAUAAUAAAAAUGAAAGUGACUGCCCAGUGACUUCUGUUGGGUAAGAGGGUGAUGUUUGAAGGCUGUUUGGUGAGGAAAAAGGGACCUUUACAGUCUGCUCUGUAGUCACCUAAUACAUAGCUAGCAAAAUUCAUUCAAGAAGUGAAAGAAGUUAAAAGAGUCACUUCGGAUUGUUUUUGUCUUCCUUCUUAUUUGGAUUCUUUGGGCUUUUUUGUCCUGCAAAUAAUGUUUUUGAGCAUGUACAGGUGGAGGAUUAAGACAGCUGCCUAGAGAUGGACUGUGCCUUAAUUGUAUUACAGAAAACCUUUUAAUUUUCAAACUUUGCUGCCAGAAGAGGAGUUCUGAUAAGGUUUUGUAUUGCCAAGGAACCUUUUCUCUUGUAUUUUUAUAGAUUCAAAUAUAUUUUAAAGAAAUUGAAAACAUCUCUUAAAAAAAAUCAAAAAGCUUCUUCCCUCCCCCCCCCCCCCCCCUUUUUUUUUCCCCUCGUUUCUGGGAAGCGUUGGAAGUCCAAUUCCAGAAAACAGCAAGUCUGGGAUAGAAAUGAAGAUUGAAGCUGCAUUCCCUAACUGAACUGCACAAGUGGUUUGCAAUAGAUAGCCAGCUCCUGACCUCGCAGAGGGUUCCAGUAGUGCGUCGGUAAUACCUGUAAUAAAGUGCUUGCAACCAGAUUCAGAAGUAGGAAGAAGAAUGCCAGUCAAGAAGAAAGGUGGGCUAUGAAGCUUCAUAUCUCAUAUUGCCUCUUCAUUUUGUUAAUUGUUGAUGUCUAUUAAUUAAUUAAAAGUGUUUUAAUGGGG